AUGAAAUCUGGAACUGAAUAUUAUGAAUCGAUGAACAAUUUGUUUGAUAACAAGAACUUCCCCGGCAUAAAAUUUGAUGUUGAACUCAAUCAAAGCCCAGAAACAACAAUAAAUUCUUCAAUUAAUAUUAGACAUCCAUAUUUUAACAUUAUAGAGAAAAAUUCGCAAACAAAAAUAGUUCCUUCUCCUAUUAGGAUUGCUCAGGUAGUGCUAAACCAUCAAACAAGUAAACUUUCAAAUGUUAUUUUAUCUUUAGGCCAGAAGAAUUACAUAUCAUAUCAAAAAUCCAAUUCUAACAAAAACACAUCAGUACGCUGCCGCUGUGAUUUCACCUCUACUUCAUUUAUUCCAUCAAUUCUCCUUGAAAAUAAUUCGAAAUACCAUAAUUUCUCUAUCCAGGCUCAAACGCGUGAUAUGAUCUAUAUUGCGUUAAUUGAUACUAAAAUGACGCUCAGAUAUAAGAAUUUCAUUUUUACUUACCAAAAUGUUAGAAAUUGCGUGAAAGGAAAUACAGCAUAUUCGAUUCUACUUCAUUACAAGCAUGGUCUCCGUGAUUUUCAAGCAGCAAUUAUGAAAGAUAAUUUUAGAACUUUAACUUUGCGUCAUAAGCACGAAAUUAACGAUAAGCUUACAGUUGGAGCAAGUCUUACUGCUGAUAGUAAUCUCAAUUCCAAGGUAGAAUUAGCCUGGAUUGCAAAAGUCAACGACGCAAUUAUUCACAGUUCAAUUGACACAAAAUUGAACGUUUCUACUGUAUAUAAGCAAGAAUUGUACCCUCAAUGCAAUAUUCUCGUUUCUACCCACUUAGAUCAUAAAAAUGCUCAAUAUAACUUUGGUCUUGGCUUCCAAUGGGUUGAAAACUCCACUAAUUAA